AUGAGUUCUUCUUAUCCAGCUUUAAAUUAUAAAGUAAUUGCAAAAUGCUCAACAACGCGUGCUAGAGCAAGCAUUCUUGAGUUGCCGCAUGGUCCUGUUGAAGCGCCUGUUUUUAUGCCCGUAGGAACCCAGGCUUCUUUAAAAGGUGUUCUACCGGAACAGUUAGACAAAAUGGGUUGUCAAAUAAUGCUGAACAAUACCUACCAUUUGGGCUUGAAACCAGGAAAAGAGAUCUUAGAUACUAUAGGAGGUGCCCACAAGUUACAGUCAUGGAAAAGAAAUUUAUUGACUGACAGUGGUGGAUUUCAAAUGGUUUCGUUAUUGAAACUUGCUACCAUCACUGAAGAGGGAGUCACCUUUUUAUCUCCUAGGGACGGUACACCAAUGCUGUUGACACCAGAACACUCUAUUGAUUUACAAAAUACUAUUGGGUCUGACAUUAUGAUGCAGUUGGACGACGUAGUCCAUAGCCUGACAGAAGAUGUCCGAAUGGAAGAAGCCAUGUAUCGAUCGAUAAGAUGGUUAGAUCGUUGUCAAGCGGCACAAAAGAACAUGGAAAGUCAAAAUCUAUUUUGCAUAAUUCAAGGAGGUUUGAAUAAAAGAUUACGAGAAAUUUGUUGUACGGAAAUGAUGAAGAGGGAUACUCCAGGAAUUGCAAUUGGAGGAUUAUCUGGAGGAGAGGAAAAAACGAGUUUUUGUGAAAUCGUCCAUACAUGUACUGGUAUACUACCUGAAAAUAAACCUAGAUAUCUUAUGGGUGUUGGCUAUGCAGAGGAUCUGGUGGUUUGUGUUGCUUUGGGUAUGGACAUGUUUGAUUGUGUCUAUCCUACGAGGACUGCAAGAUUCGGGAAUGCAUUAACGAGAAACGGUACCUUGAAUUUGCGAAACCGAAGAUUCAAGACGGACUUGAGUCCUUUGGAUGAAGAAUGUCAAUGCCCUUGUUGUCUUCCAAAGGAGAAAGGAGGUUGGGGAGUUACCCGUGCUUUUAUGAGUUCUUUGGUAUCGAAGGAAACCGUUGGUGCUCACCUUGUGACAAUCCACAAUACUCAGUUUCAAUUACAACUCAUGCGUGACAUGAGAUCUAGCAUCAUAAAGGAUUGUUUUCCUCAAUUUGUUAAGGAUUUCUUUUUAAAGUGGCACAAUGGAAAUCGUUCUACAUAUCCUGAAUGGGCUGUUAGAGCAUUACGUCUAGUGAACAUUGAUUUAUUAGAGGGUUAA